AUGGAAGUUUGAGUCUGCGGAAGUCCCUGUUAGCCAUGUGUUUUAGCUUUUAUCAGUGCAGGAAAAACAUGAAUGUAGAGUCUACAGAUCAACAAACAUCAGGUAAUUAUAGCUGUUCUCACUCAAACACAUAAUUAUAAGAAUAUUUUAAACAGUCGUAUAAUUUUAAUAAUUGAGACUCGUGUUUACAGAGUAUUUGUUGACAAGUCAGUAUAAUCAUCCAUGUAAACCUGCAUUAGUUUGUACCUGAGUUAUUGUUUUUCUUUUCUAAAAUGAUUUUAUGAGACAGCCGGGGAUGGUGAGAAAGUUGAGAGAACAUAUUCAUGUUAUUUCUAUGUAAAAACAGCUCUCUAUGUAGGGGAGACCGGGGUAAGUUGAGCCAAAGGGUAAGUUGGUCAAAGAAAUUGAUCAUGUGACCAAAUAUUAAGGAGAUGGGCAUCAAUUCAUGGAGUCUGUGAAGGUUAGAAGCACAAGAAGGUGAAGGGGUUAGACGUUUAUUUACAAAAAAAAUACAUGUUUCACUCUUGGAAGGGAAUUUAGUCCGUCAUCAGUUACGGAUAUGGAUUUGAAGCCGAAAAGCUCUCUGUAUUUUCGGGAUUUUGCGUUGUUCGCAUUCGGUGGGGGUAUUGCCAAGAGUCGCUGUGAUGACGCUCGGCUCAAACAGCGUAUCCACCGGGUGAGCUACGCAAUCCCUGAACACCCAUAGGCUGUAUUAAGUGUCAAUCAUAGAAAACAUGAACCUUCUAAUAACUUUUAAAAGUAGAGCUUCACAGAAAAAAAGAGGACUUGAGCACAAACCAGUUGGCUCAACUUACCCCGUUCCUAUGGUCAACUUACCCCAUACACGGGUAAGAGACCACUUUAUUUUGUCAUGCUAUAUUAUCAAGAUUACAGUUCUGUUUACACUCAUUCUGUUGGUUUGCAGGGAUGAACAACAUCCUGAAAUAUCUGCUGAUACACGGGUUUGAGACUAAACUAGGAUCGACUUGAUGUAGUGGAUCAUCUUAUCCCACUCUCCCCUAUCCAGUCUUGAGGGUUUCUAUCUGAAAAACAAUUUUCAUUAAAACUUCCACUUUCAUUAUGUCUCCCUCAACAGCCGUGCUGUAAGAUUAGUUGGAUAUCUGGGUUAGAAAUCGCAGGGGGACUCACGAUAUUUUACAGUUCCCCUUUACGAUAUAUCCAUUUUGCGAUUAUUAACAAAUAUUGUACCACGAUGCUGCAAGAUAUCUGAUUAUUUGAGGGUUAAGAAAUGACUCUAAUGGGGAAUCUUAAAGGGGAACUGUUGGAGUGGGUUUUUAUUGAGUUUAAAUACUAAUAUUUGGUGUCAGUGACAGUAUUUGUGUAAAACCAGUAUGGGGGUGAUGAGAUCCUGCUCUAUACACACUUCUGCCUCCCUCCAAAGUUUCAGAAUUCUUUUUCCUUUUCUUUUAGUUUAUUUUAGCUUCAUAGAGAGCUGCCAACCAACUAAAAUGUCCUAAAAGUGUAUAAGAACAAGGAAAUAUGUGAUCGAAGAUUAAGACAACAUUAACAGAGUUUUAUCCAAACUUUUCUUUCGUUUGUUAGUUUUAUAAUUUUUUAUUUGCAUAGUUAUUUGCAUAACAUUGAUGAUUAUUCACCAUUUUUAAUACCUGUUUUUUUCUGCUUCAGGAGUAUAACCAUCAACUUAAAGAUGGCGUCUCCUGCAGAAGCCGCAGCAGCGAUGACAUGCAAAGGACUGAAAAGACUGAGCAUCGACCCCGCUGAACAAGAGAAGGCAAAAAGAUUAAAAACUGCACCACCUGGUGAAGAGUUACUGGAGCGUGGAGGAUCCUCCCGCUCACUGAGGAUCUCUGUGCUGCCCGACCACCUUCAACAACCAAUUACAGUGAAUGAGCUGACAGAGCUGCUGCGUUACGCCGCUCUGGGGAAAACAGGUGGCAUUAAACAGCCCAGGUAAUGAUUUGGCAAGUAAGACCUCAUCAGGUAACUCUCUGUAAUGAAAGUUAUCUCUGUCCCUGCGCUCGUCCGAUAAUCUAAAUGAUCUAUUUUAAGUCUUAUGUCCUCUCCCGUGUCUCAUAUAGUUGGUGUCGUCUCGCCCAUCAGAGGAGGAUUAAAGCUUUAAAUGUGGUGAUCGUUGAAGGCUUGACACAGAGCCACUUUUACAAACACUACCUCACUCUGAAACACCUGCGGAAAAACUAUACCACCGUGAGUACAGGUGGAAACGGGAGGAAUUACAUCCACAUAUUUGGAUAUAAUCGUUUAGGGAGCGUUUCCAGACGAACGUUUUUUUGUCUUUCUCGAUUAGAGGGUGACAUUUACUCCAACGUCUAACGAUGUGGCUUCAGAAAUCUUCAGGAGUAAGAUCCCAGAAUCAGAGGGUGUCAACAUUUCUAAAAACUACAAUGAAAACACAGGACUGCACAAAGGUGAGAAGUGUGUAGAAAUAGGAGUUUAUGAAUGAAUUAUCUUUGUAACUGUGUAAUCGAUGUAUUAAAAGUGUUUGACCCAAACCUUCUGCCUGUACAUACUUCUUCGCAUCAUUUGGUGAAGUAUAUUCGCAGAUCGUCUUUAUCUUUAUCGUCCGUGUGUGUGUGUGUGCCGCUUCUCUCUGCAGCUCUGAGGAGUCACCCCGUCAUCACCAAGUUCGGGACUCAGAGGAGAGGACUGACGGCGUACGCUCUCUCCCAGGAGCAGAUGAUCAAGAGUCACUAUCCUGUCAAAGGUGAGUCUCUCCAUGAUCACAUGUCCAACUCUUUGGAUACACCGCCACCUUGGAGGGGAUUUUAUGUUAAAAUUAAACUUUUAUUUUACACAUUGAGUUCAAGGUAGGUCCUGGUCUUAGGAGCCUUUUUGUCGUCUCUCCCGCAGGGAUGCCGGGCUUUGAGGACUUUGUGAACACAGACAGUGUGGAGUAUGUGACCGACAGCAGCCCUCUGUUUGGACUUGACUGUGAAAUGGUGAGAUUGGAUCAUUGUUACACUCAUUUUCUUCAACAGCGCAGAGGUAAUUUCCCAGAUGAAUAAACCCUGUUUAGUUUGUUAUUGUGAUCUGAUUUUAAAGUUUGUGAGCAAAGCAAACCCAGUCAGUGUGUUUACAUGCACAGUUUAAUCAGACUAACUCAUAAUUCAUUUUUUUCACCGAAUCGGACUUCGCUCCUUGUCGGCUUAUACAUGCAGCUGAGAAAAUUAAAUUAUUGACGUGAACGUGUACUCCUCCCCAAAACUAGGGGGCGAUAUGGGUCUUUUCAGCAGCGCUGUUUCCGACCCCGUACAACCGUCAACAACAGCAGCAGGUCCGAGCAUCGUACAGCAUUGUUUUUGUCCUACAUGAUAGACGUGCUACUUUUUCGCACACUACUCCUCUUCUCCGGUGUUUUUGUUCCGGGUUACGGGGGCGUGGCGCACGCACACAUGCAUUGUCCGAUCAUACUCCGACUACGCUGGUUACAUGGUAGAGAAAAUCGAAUUCCAAUCGCAUCAUCUGGGUUUAAUUCCGAUUUUUUUAACCUUAUCUGAUUUUUUCAUCUAAAUGUGAACAGGUCAACUCUGAUUUGUUCUAAUCUGACCCAGGCCUCUUCUGUAUGUGGAUAUAAAUCGGAUAUGUAUCCGAUGUGACUGCAGUGUGAACGCUCAGGUCGCGUUCAUCCGACCUAUACGUCAUCAAUAUGCGACAAACGUCACCAUUGUUCGACAACACAAACAGGCGAGAAAAGCAAUUUGUUGUUUGUGCGCAUGUGGGUCACUUCACGGAUGCAUUCUGUUUACAUUAGAUGUCGCAUUCGUUGUUGCAAUGUGAACGACCGCACAAGAAGAUCGGAUUUAACAAAAAUCCGAAUUGUGCAUCAGAACCUGCAAUGUGAAUGUAGCCUAAAUCUGAGUUCUCAAACUCCGAUUAUAGUCGGAUUAAGGUGUUUACAUACACUUCAGAUGUCUGGACUUAAUCGGAAUAAAGACGAUAAUUCGGUUUUCUCCAGUGUCAUGUAAACGCACCGACUGUUAAACCAGUGUGGAAGGUUAUAAAAGCAGACAUUUAGUCGUCUAUUAGAGGGUUGUUCUUUUUGUUUUAUAUAAGAACAUUUUGCAGCUGUUUGGAUGAUAAAAGUUUGUUUGUAAAAUAAGUUUAAAAACUAAAGAAUAAUCUCCUAAAUUGAUUUUGUUUUUUUUUAUCGGUUAUAAGAUCUUCAACUGUCGACUUUCCUCAUCUCUGCGUUUCCACUUUGCUUCAAAGUUAAGCAUGUGUUGUUGUUGUUGAUGUUUUGCUUCAGUGUCUAACAGUGAAGGGAUACGAGCUGACUCGGGUCUCUUUGGUGGAUCAUGACGGGAACUGUGUGCUGGAUGAGCUGGUGAAACCUCAGAACCGGAUCCUCAACUACCUCACCAAGUACGUACGCGUACACAGAUACCAGAACAACGCCUGAGAAAAAAAAACAUCGGCUCUGAUCUCCUCUUUCUUUCGGUGUCUUCUCAUAGGUUCUCUGGUAUAACCCCGGGAAUGUUGCGACCGAUCACAACCACUCUGCGGGACGUUCAAACCAAACUCAGGACGCUGUUGCCGAGCGACGCAGUUCUGGUGGGACAUUCGCUAAACAACGACCUUGUGGCUCUGAAAGUGAGUUCUUGUGGAAAUGUUCAAAGGUCUGAGAAAGAGAAAAACUGGAGUUUCUUUGUGACGUUGUUUGAAAAUCUUAUGAAAGUCUGACGGUGCGAACAGAAGCAGAGUCCUUUAGAUCUCGGUACUGGGACUAACCCAGCUGAGGAACCCGUCCGCUCGUGCCCUGCGGUGAUAAAACCGCUCGACUCUGGUCCGCCCUUUCAGCGUUCUGCUGUUAGCCUUGCAGUCCAGUCUCCAUCGUAAACAUCGUAACGACCCGAUUAUCUGUUUCCGAUGCGUCUCAGUUUUGGAGAAACUCUCGAACUCUAACCCGUGUUUUGUUGUGUCCCCUGAAGAUGAUCCACCGACAUGUGAUCGACACCGCUCUGCUGUUCAGGAGAGAGUUCGGACAGAAGUUUAAGCUGAAGGUCCUCGCUGAGACCGUCCUCAAGUCAGUCUUUCUUUCUUUCUUUCUUUCUUUCUUUCUUUCUUUCUUUCUUUCUUUUUUCUUUUUUCUAUCUUUCUUUCUUUCUUUCUUUUCCUUGUUUUAUGUUUUCUUUCUUUUAUCUUUCUUUCUUUUCUCUCUUCCUUUCUUUCUUCUCUUUCUUUUUUAUUUUUUCUUUCUUCUUUUUUUCUUUCUUUCUUCCUUUCUUUCUCUCUUCUUUUUUUACUUUUUUCUUUCUUCGUUUUAUAUUUCUUUCUUUUCUUUCUCUUUCCUUUCUUUUCUCUCGUUCUUUCUUUUUCUCUUCUUUCUUUCUUUCUUUCUGUCUUCCUUUCUUUCUUUUGUUUUUUCUUUCUUCAUUUUCUUUCUACGUUUUAUAUUUCUUUCUUUCUUUCUCUUUCCUUUCUUUCUUUCUUUUCUUUCUUUCUUUCUUUCUUUCUUCCUUUCUUUUGUUUUUUCUUUCUUCAUUUUCUUUCUUCGUUUUAUAUUUCUUUCUUUUCUUUCUCUUUCCUUUCUUUCUUUCUUUCUCUUUUCUCUCGUUCUUUCUUUCUUUCUUCCUUUCUUUUGUUUUUUCUUUCUUCAUUUUCUUUCUUCGUUUCAUAUUUCUUUCUUUUCUUUCUCUUUCCUUUCUUUCUUUCUUUCUUUCUUUUCUCUCGUUCUUUCUUUCUUUCUUCCUUUCUUUUGUUUUUUCUUUCUUCAUUUUCUUUCUUUCUUUUAUCUUUCUUUCUUUUCUUUCUCUUUCCUUUCUUUCUUUCUUUUCUCUUGUUGUUUCUUUUUUCUCUUCUUUCUUUCUUUUGUUUUUUCUUUCUUCAUUUUCUUUCUUUCUUUUAUCUUUCUUUCUUUUCUUUCUCUUUCCUUUCCUUCUUUUAUUUUUUUUCUUUCUCUCUUCUUUUUAAUCUUUCUUUUACCCCCCGCUGUGUCUCCCUCUGCUAACUCGGCUAACUUUGAGUUUUUACUCUUUUGUUCCAGGAGGCAGAUUCAGACUGAGGAGAAGAGAGGCCAUAAUCCUGUGGAGGACGCUCUGGCGGCUCUGGAGUUAGCUCAGUACUUCAUUAAUGCAGGACCUCGCCAGGUAACUCCUCACACACACACACACACACACACACACACACACACACACACACACACACACACACACACACACACACACACACACACGCACAGAGUUGAUAUAACGAAGUUUGUGUUCUCGUUUUCAGGUUGUAGAGGUUCAUCUGGAGGAUCUGUGGGGAUACACGAUCGAGGAGGAGUCAGCUGACUGCGCUCCUCCACCCCCGACUCCGAGUCUCAGGUGGAUCAGAUUUGUUUAGUGUUCAAAGAAAAGAAAAUCGUCUUUAAUCUGAGUGUGUCCUCUCCUCUGAGCUGCUGCUGCUCCAGAGGCUUUUCCUCUCCGUUAAAGGUGGGGUAGUCAGGAUCUGAGGAAGUUCCAGUUUUUAGGAGAAAUCUUGAAUGUAAACUCUACCCCUCCCUCUCUGCUCCAACAAGCCCCGCCCACAAACAGACGCUCCUGCUUGCUCGUAUCGUUCCAAUUAAAUUCAGAUAUCAAAAUAUUCAAAUGUCAUCAAUAACUAAUAACUAUUGACUGAUAUUAAAAGAUUUUUUGUAUAAACACCACAAAUAAAAGACGCUUCUUUAACGGAUUCCUGCCUACCCCACCUUUAACUGAGUGAAACAUCAAAUUUCAUUUUCAGCUGCAGCUUUAUUUAACAAAUGAUUCGUCUCCAGGUUCGCAGAUAUACUUCAGACUCUCGGCCGGUCUGUAGUUUUCAUGGGAAAGCGUUCAGACGUCGCUCUGGAUCUGUCCAACCAGGAGUGGCACAACUCGGACAAGGAGGUGAGACAUCAGGAGGUCCUGAUCUUAAAGGGACCGGCGUAAAAUAAGUUUAGGGUCAAACACACCGUAACUCUGAGUUAGACUCCCCCUCCAGAGAUGAAUGUUGCCGACCGCUUGCUUCUCUAGUUUUACCAACUUUAGUAACGACCGCAGGAUAGAAAUACACAGCGGUCUGCAGCAGAAAGACGCUCGUUUGUAGCGAGACCUCAGGCCAGUCCGUUAUGGACUACAGCGGGGUGACGCAGCUCAAGGAAGAACAUUUAUGAUCAUUUCUUUAUCAUUUCCUUGAAGUAAUAAUCACCAUAUUAAUCAUUUUACAGACGCGGUAGUUCUUCCGCCUUAGCGUCUUGGUCUGAUUGUAUUUCCAUGAAGAGAUGAAGAACCUGACGGGUCACGUUAAAGAACCUGUUUUGAUUGUUUUCUUAGUUUUUGUUUUUAUUACUUAAACUAAAGGUGACAUUCAAGUCCCUCUGCCUCUUUCUCUUUUUUUUCUUACAUCUUUUCUUUCUUCACUUUGUUUUUAUUUGUGUUUCAGGUUCUGGCCUCCUUCAGGAGAAAAACUCCUCACCCCUUCCUCUCCCUGCUCCACUUUUCCUCUUUCUCUGACCACCUGAAGAGAUCUUUUCCUACGCAGGAGCUCCAGCAUCAGACGGUGAGACACUUCCCUGAAUAUUAUGCAUUUAGAGUGUCGGAGUGUUUUGUGAAAUCCUGCAUAAUGUGUGUGCGUGUUCUUGCUGCAGGUGUGUGCAAAUCUCAGAGAGAUGUGUGUGGUGUUUGCCGGCCCGUUCCCUGCAGGCGUCUCCGAGGGCGAAGUGAGGCGGCUGUUUUCCUGCUGCGGACCUGUUCAGGAAGUCAAAAUGUUGAGGACAACUUUCAGGGUAGAGACUUCAAACCUGCUCGCUUCAGUUUCUGUCACAGAUAGUAGAGCUUUAAAAGAGUCAGAUUUCCUCCUCAAAGUUGAUUUUUUUUUCUAUUUCCUGAUCAUCUCUGGUCUCCAGGUUCACGCAGAGGUGGAGUUCGAGCUGCUGGAAGGAGCAGUUUUGGCUGUGAAGACUCUGAAUAAUCUAAAUAUGCAGGGACAGCCCAUAAAGGUAACCCUCCUCACCUCCUUUCCUCCUCUCUGUCUCCUCUUCCUUUCAGACCACAGCUAACGUUUUUCUGUUCCAGGUCCAGAGGCCGGUUAAUGAGUCAAUGCUGGACUUGGAUCUGACCCUCGAUGCUCUGAUGGACGACAGCACCAGCCACAUCUUUGCUGUGAAACUGAAGUCCAGUUUGGCUGAGUGUGUCCCGGCUCCUGCCAAGGUCAACGGACUCACCUUGGAUGUUGAGGGUUCUGGUCUAAGUCCUGCUGAUGUUACCGACACCUUCCCACCGUCAAAAGUCAACGGUAAACGUCUACAGCCGAGAAACUCAAAGUCCAAACUGUCUGAGGACGCGAUCAGAGAGACGUUCAGUCCCUUUGGAGCGGUGGAGAGUGUCCUCCUGCCCGCAAAACCCGGGAAACACGCAAGACACGCGUACAUAAGUGAGUGGACGAAUCAGAAACAAGCUGACUGAGUUUUUCUGUGUUUGUGUGAGAGGUGACCUGUCUGUGUCUGUUCCUACAGAGUUUGAGAGCUCAGAGGACAAACAUGCUGCUCUGAGAGCCUCCGAUGAACUCCUGAAGAAGAAACACUUCCUCGUUUGUCCUUCUCUGACCCCAGCACACUUACCCUCAUGGGUUUCCAUGACAACUGCUAAUGCGGAUCCAGAUACUGAGGCAGCAGACGACAAGGAGACCCACAUGCACGUCAGUACUCAGGUAAAAACGAGGAUUUACAGACAGAAUUUACAGUCGGUGUCGAUUAAACAGAAGAGGACCGGGGCCACUGGGAAAAAAAAAGGGUCCAACAUAUAUAUAAAUAUACAUAUAUAUAUAUAUUAUAUAUAUAUAUAUAUAUAUAUAUAUAUAUAUAUAUAUAUAUAUAUAUGUAUAUGUAUAUAUAUAUGUAUAUAUAUAUAUAUAUAUAUAUAUAUAUAUAUAUAUAUAUAUAUAUAUAUAUAUAUAUAUAUGUAUAUAUAAAUAUAUAUAUAUAUAUAUGUAUAUGUAUAUAUAUAUAUAUAUAUAUAUAUAUAUAUAUAUUAUUAUGAACAAAUAAGUCGAAAUUCUGAGAUUGAUCUAAAAAAAGGGUAUUAAUUCUGACUCAAAUCUGAUAAUAAUAAUAAUAAUAUAUAUUUUUUUAUUAUUAUGAACGAAAAAGUCAAAAGUUAUUAUUUAAAUAAAGUAAUUAUUAUUAUUAAUAAAAUAAAGUAAUUAUUGCUAAAAUAAAGUUAUUACUAAAAUUAAGUUAUUUUUAAAAUAAGGUUAUUAUUACCAAAAUAUUUUAAUAUUAAGAUAAAGUUAUUAUUACCAAAAUAAGGUUAUUAUUUAAAUAAAGUUCAAAUAUCACUAAAUUACAGUUAUUACUAAAUUAAACGUUAGUACUAAAAAAAUUAUAUUUUUAUUCAAAUAAAGAUAUUAUGACUAAAAUAAAGUUGUUAUUCUUAAAAUAAAGUUACAAUGAAAAUAAAGUUAUAAUUUAAAAUAUUAUUAAAGUUAUGAUUGAAAUUAUUAUUAAUAGAAAGAUAUUACUAAAAUAAAGUCAUUAUUAUUAAAAUCAAGUUAUUUUUCUAAAAUAAAGUUGUUUUAACUAAAUUAAAUAUAUCUUGAUUAAAUCAAGUUAUUAUGAUUAAAAUAGUCAUUGAAAUAAAUUUAUUUUUAUUAAAAUAAAGUUAUUUUUAAAAAAAAAUUAUUAUAACUUAAAUUAAUAUAUCUUAAUUAAAUAAAAUUAUUGAUUUAAAUUAAGUUAUUAUUAUUAUUAGAAUAAGGUUAUAAUUAUUUAAAAAGUUAUUAUUAUUAAAGUUAUUAUUAAAAUAAAGUUAUUAUUAUUUAAAGAAAGAUAUCAUUACUAAAAUAAAGUUAUCAUUUUUUCUAAAAUGAAGUUAUUAUAACUAAAUAAAGUUAUUUUUAUUGAAAUGAAGUAAUUUUUACUUAUGUUUGACCAAUAUCAGCUUUUCAAUAACAGUUUAGAUAAGAAGAACUUUAUUGAUCCCCAAAUUGAAAUUUAAUAAUCACGUAGAUAUUAAAGAGAAAUUAUUGAUCAGAUACAUGAAAGAAUCUCCCAGUUUAAGGUAAUAAUUGAAGAUGUUUUUUUACACCUUUAUUGAUCCACCGAUAUAAACGAAUGUCUCGUCUGAGUUCAGACUGAUCGUGCACACGUUGGUCACAUGACUCAGUUAUCUGAGUUGACGGGGUGAUCAGGUCCUGAUACAGCAGCCGAGUCGGUUCACAUCGUCUCCUAAAAUGAAAACCUAGAAAAUAAGAACAGAAGCAGGAGUCUGUCAAAGACGGACGAUAACAUCAUACAUUUUUAAACUUUGCUUUUUCUAACUUGGUCCUGGUCUCGGUCCCCCUUCAGACCUCCUUUUUUGGACUCGAGCAACACUCGGACUCUGCUGGCUGCAAACUGUAAAAUGACUCAUUUUUAAAAACACGGCGAUGGUGGUGGUUCUGGUUAGUUUGGACUGAAAGUUUGCAGCAGGUCAUCUUCUGAUCAUUUCAUUAAGAAUCGAUCCCUUACAGAUCCAAACUCCAACGACUCCAGACGGCGUGUGGGAGGAAGUGUGAGAAAGUUUGUGUGAAGGACUUUUAGUAGGAUGAAGUUUGAUGAGUCUGAGGACGAAUAAACACGUUUGUUUAUUUCUGUGUAGGACCGGGACGUGGAUCUCCUGAUGAGGAAGCUGGACCGCUCCCUGAAGAAGCUCUUCAGGUCUCUCUCAGAAGACACCUUGUCUGUAGUCGUGCUGCCGGGACACUCGAGGUGAGGACUGUGACGGCGUCGGAGAAAUCCAGACCGUGAAACGUUUCUGAGCCUUUCUCUCCCUCCACAGCACUCAGGGACUCCAGACCGGUUUGUGCCUCAUGGGGGUGAAGGAAGCAUCCUGA